CUGCUGGCCGCCAUUGUUUGAAUUUGAAAACGGAGUGGUGCUGGCUCGGCUCGCGGGGUUGGCGGAGGCCGGGGAUGCUGCAGAAUGGAAUCUCAUUUGAAUCAAGAUGGAUUGCCUAGACCAUCUUAUGUUUUUAGUGCUGACCCAAUUGCAAGACCUUCGGAAAUAAAUUUUGAUGGCAUUAAGCUUGAUCUCUCUCAUGAGUUUUCCUUAGUUGCUGCAAACCCUGGGGCAAACCGUUUGGGAUCUAAAAAUUACCUCCAAGUUUGCCUUCGAAUAAGACCAUUCACACAGUCAGAAAAAGGACAUGAGACUGAGGGCUGUGUACAAGUUCUGGACUCACAAAAUGUUCUGCUGAAAGAUCCCCAAAGCAUCCUUGGCCAGCUAAAUGAGAAGGGCUCUGCACAGAUGGCACAGAAAUUUAGUUUUUCUAGGGUUUUUGGACCUGAAACUUCCCAAAAAGAGUUCUUUCUGGGUUGCAUUAUGCAGCCAGUAAAAGACCUCUUGAAAGGACACAGUCGGCUGAUCUUUACAUAUGGACUGACCAAUUCUGGAAAAACGUAUACAUUUCAAGGCACAGAGGAAAACAUUGGCAUUCUUCCUAGAACACUGAAUGUAUUGUUUGAUAGUCUUCAGGAACGACUUUAUAUGAAGAUGAACUUCAAGCCACAUAGAUGUAGAGACUACUUAAGGCUAUCAUCUGACCAAGAGAAAGAGGAAGGUGCUAACAAAAGCGCAUUGCUGCGGCAAGUUAAAGAGGUUACCAUACAUAAUGACAGUUAUGACAUUCUUUGUGGAAGUUUAACAAACUCUUUGACUAUCCCAGAAUUUGAAGAAUCCAUGAACAAUUGUGACCAAUCUAGCCUGAAUGUGGACAAUAUAAAAUAUUCUGUGUGGGUUUCCUUUUUUGAGAUUUACAAUGAAAGUAUUUAUGAUUUGUUUGUUCCUGUAUCAUCUAAAUUCCAAAAGAGAAAGAUGCUACGCCUUUCCCAAGAUGUAAAGGGCUAUUCUUUUAUUAAAGAUCUGCAGUGGAUCCAGGUAUCUGAUUCUAAAGAAGCAUACAGACUUUUAAAACUAGGAGUGAAGCAUCAGAGUGUUGCCUUCACAAAACUGAACAAUGCUUCUAGUAGAAGUCACAGCAUAUUUACUAUUAGAAUAUUGCAGAUAGAAGAUUCUGAAAUGCCCCGUGUAACUCGAGUUAGUGAAUUGUCUUUAUGUGAUCUUGCUGGUUCAGAACGAAGCAUGAAGACACAAAAUGAAGGGGAAAGGUUAAGAGAGGCUGGGAAUAUCAACACUUCCUUAUUGACUCUGGGAAAGUGUAUCAGUGUUUUGAAGAACAGUGAAAAGUCAAAGUUUCAACAGCAUGUGCCUUUCCGGGAAAGUAAACUGACCCACUAUUUCCAAAGUUUUUUCAAUGGCAAAGGGAAAAUAUGUAUGAUCAUCAAUAUUAGUCAGUGUUGUUCUGCGUAUGAUGAAACACUCAAUGUAUUGAAGUUCUCAACCAUAGCUCAAAAGGUGUAUGUUCCAGGUGCUUUAAGUUCUUCUCAAGAGAAAUCUUUUGAGUCCAUCAAAUCUUCUCAAGAUGUAUCAGUAGACAAUAAUUUGGAUAGUAAAAUACUAAAUGUUAGAAGAACCACUGUUUCAUGGGAAAAUAGUCUAGAAGAUCUGGUUGAAAAUGAAGAUUUGGUUGAGGAUUUAGAAAAAAGUGAAGAAACACAGAACAUGGAAACUGAACUUACUGAUGAAGAUAUAGAUAAAACGUUAGAGGAAUAUAGAAUCUUCAAAAGUAACCAGAACGAGAAACUGUUGGAUUUAAUAGAAGACUUGAAAAAAAGGCUAAUACAUGAAAAAAAGGAAAAGUUAACAUUGGAACUUAAAAUUCGAGAAGAAGUUACACAGGAGUUCACUCAGUAUUUGACUCAACGGGAAGCAGAUUUUAAGGAGACACUUCUUCAGGAACGAGAGACAUUAGAAGAAAAUGCUGAACGUCGCCUGGCAAUCUUCAAAGACCUGGUUGGAAAAUGUGACACCCAAGAUGAACCAACAAAUACAAUUUGUGCCAUGAAAGUUGGAACUGAAGAAGCUCGUAAUUAUGUAGAAGUUGAAGAUAUUAUUGAUUCUCUUCAAGAUGAUGUCACUGAUAUUAAGAAACAGGCUGAACUUGCUCAUUUAUAUAUUACAUCUCUUGCUGAUCCCCAGGAAGCUAUUGCUUGUUUGCAGCUAAAAUUUAAUCAAGUUAAAGAGGAAUUAGCCCAAACUAAAGAAGAAUUAGUUAAAGCCCAGGAAGAGCUAAAAAGUAGAAAGAAUGAAUCAGACUCUUUAGUUCAAGGGCUCAAGACAUCAAGUCAGGUUGAUACAUCUUUAAUCAUCAGUAAAUCAACUUGUAAUGAAACAGUUGCAAUGCCCAAGGACAGCAGAACACAGACACAUCCAGGAAGGAAAAGAUUAAAUGAAGAUGGACUUCAGCAAGGUGAACCACCAGCAAAGAAAGGGCUUAUCCUUGUUAGUUCACCUGUCACUGAAGAUCAAAAGAAAAGUGAAGAAAUAGAACAGUCUUUUUCAGAGAGUGGGGUAGGCAUUAGAAUUUUACAAGAAAAGAACGAAGAGUUAAAAAGACUUUUAAUUAUUGGUGAGAAUGAACUCAAAAGUGAAAAGGUUGAAAAAACAGAAUUAAAUGAACAGGUUGUGAGUUUGCAGCAGCAGCUUUGUUUCGCUGAAGAAAAGAACUUGUCUCUGAGGACCAAGGUGGAGCAAAUCCAGGCCAGUUAUGACAGUACGGUUGCUGAGUUACACACACAGAGAGCUGUGAACCAAGAGCAGGAGGAAAGGAUCCUGAAAUUGUCACAGAAGAUGGAAACUGCUACAAGAAGCAUCACAAGCAAUGUUUCACAGAUACAGCUAAUGCAAACAAAAAUAGAUCAACUACGGUCGCUUGAUUCACCUUCUCAUAUUUCAAAAAUAGAUUUACUUUAUCUCCAGGAUCUGUCAAAUGGUCCUGAAGGGGAUAAUUUGCUGAACACAUCACUACAUCUUCCAAGUAAUGACUUGUCAAGCAAAGGGGUUAAAGACUAUCAUAUUCAGGAGCUCAGUAGGGAAAGUUCCUUCCACUCUAGUAUUGAAGCCAUCUGGGAAGUAUGUAAAGAGAUUGUGAAGGCCUCCUCCAAAAAGUCUUACCAGAUUCAGGAACUGGAAGAGAAAAUUGAAAAGUUACAGGUGGAAGUAAAAGGCUACAGGGAUGAGAACAAUGAGUUGCAAGCUAAGGAGAGUGAGGAUAAGCAUAAAGUUCACCAGCUGGAAGAGAAAGAAAGUCUUAUACAGCAGCUCAGAGAAGAACUGCAAGAAAAAUGUGUUAGUCUUGGUGUUCAAGUACAGCUUGUAGCCGAAAGAGAGCAAUCUCUUUCAGAGCUUACUCGGGAUGUUGCGUGGUAUAAGGCAAAACUAAAGGAACUUGAAAUGAUGGUAGAGACCCAGAAAGAUGAGUGUAGGCGCUUAGCCAAAUUAGAGCAAGGCAUUUUAGAGAAGGAAUCUGCCAUCUUAAAGCUAGAAGCAAGUCUGAAGGAAUUGGAAGCAAAUCACCAGGAUCACAUCAAAAGCACCAAAGAUUUAAAUGAAAAGGAAAUCAAGUUGAAGGAAGAAAUCACACAGUUGACAAAUAAUUUGCAUGAUAUGAAACAGUCACUUCAGUUAAAGGAAGAAGAAAGAGAAACUAGCAGACAAGAAACAGAAAAAUUGAAGGAGGAGCUUGCUGCAAACCAUGUUCUUACUCAGAAUCUCCAAGCAGAUCUUCAGAGGAAGGAGGAAGAUUAUGCUGAGCUGAAAGAGAAACUCACUGAUGCCAAAAAGCAGAUUGAACAGGUACAGAAGGAGGUAUCUGUAAUGCGUGAUGAAGAGAAAUUAUUGAGGAUUAAAAUUAAUGAACUGGAGAAAAAGAAAAACCAGUAUUCUCAGGAAAUAGAGAUGAAACAGCGGACCAUCCAGCAGCUCAAGGAGCAGUUAAACAAUCACAAAAUGGAAGAAACAGUACAACAGUAUGAGAGAGUGUGCAAAGGCCAGUUUGGGCUACCACUAUAUAUUUGGAUGUGUGGCCUUCCACUGGAGCAAAGCAGACUUCCCAGGGAUGAUAGGAUCCUCUUAGAGAAAGCUGACCUUUCUUUCCCAGCAGACCUCAGUGCUAAAGAGAAGGUGAUUGAAGACAUGCGAUCGACACUAGAAGAGCAAGAACGAACUCAGGUGGAACAGGACCGGGUGCUGGAAGCCGCGUUAGAGGAAGCUGCUUGUCUAGCCAAGGAAUUGGAUAAAUGGAAAGAAAAAUUCCAAGAUCUAGAAGCUAGAAGUAGUGAAAGGUCAAAUAAAGACCCUGUGGAGGACACAGACGCACUUACGAAGAAGCUCAGUAAACUUCAGGAUGAGCUGCAGGAAUCUGAAGAGAAAUAUCAAGCUGAUAGAAAGAAGUGGUUAGAAGAAAAGGCCAUCCUUACCACUCAAGCAAAAGAAGCUGAAAAUCUACGAAAUAGAGAAAUGAAAAAAUAUGCUGAAGACAGGGAGCGCUGUUUAAAGCUGCAGAUUGAAGUGGAAACCCUGACAGCACAACUGGCAGAGAAAACUGGUGACCUUCAGAAGUGGAGAGAGGAGCGGGACCAGCUGGUCACUGCCGUUGAGGCGCAGAUGAAGGCGCUGCUCUCCAGCAGCAAGCACAAGGACGAGGAAAUCCAGCAACUGAAAAGGGCUGCAGCAGAGAGCUCGGGGCCAGAAAACCAAACCACGAAUGUCAAGCCUGAACAUAAUGGUUCAUUUGAUCUUGGUGGAGUUGAAACUGAACCUCAAUCAACAAGUUUUGAAAUUUCUAGGAAUGCAGCAGAGGGUGGAUCAGUAGUUCUCGACUCUUGUGAAGUGUCAACAGAAAAUGUGCAAAGCACGCGAUUUCCAAAACCUGAAUUGGAGAUUCAGUUUACACCUUUGCAGCCAAACAGAAUGGCAGUGAAGCACCCUGGCUGUGCUACACCCGUCACAAUUAAGAUUCCCAAGGCACGGAAGAGGAAAAGUAAUGAAAUGGAGGAGGACUUGGUGAAAUGUGAAAAUAAGAAGAAUUCUACACCCAGAAAUAAUGUGCAGUUCUCUGCUUCAGAACAUAGCAAUUCUUCUUUGAAAAAGGAUCAAAAGGUUUCCUUACAUCCAUCAUCGAAGAAAACAUAUUCUUUACGGAGCCAGGCACCUACAGUUAGUGCAGAUAUGACCUCUAAAAAAAGAGAGGGAACACUACAGAAAUUUGGAGACUUCUUGCAACAUUCUCCAACAAUUCUUCAAUCCAAAGCAAAAAAGAUAAUUGAAACAAUGAGUUCUCCAAAGCUCUCAACUGUAGAAGUAAGUAAAGAAAAUGUGUCUCAGCCAAAAAAAGGCAAACGGAAAUUAUUCAGAAAUGAGAUUUCAUCUCCCAUCAACAUAUCUGGACAAGUGAUUUUAAUGGAACAGAAAGUAAAAGAAAGUGAUCAUCAGAUUCUCAAACGACGACUUCGAACAAGAACAGCCAAAUAAAUCGCUUUGGGAGACUGUUUCAAUGUCAAUUUUAUAUUCACAAUCAUUGUAAAUUUUUAAGUUUUAAAAGUUAAUUGUAUAUAUUAUGUGUUAAAUGCCUCUGUAUAGAUUGGUGUUUUAUAUGAUUUUAAUACAAUAAAUAUAUCAACUGUA